AUGGAUUCAAAGCCAAAUAGUACAGCUGUUAAAGAAUUCUUUCUUCUCGGGUUCCAAGAUCUUCACAUCUCUAGGUUUAUCCUCUUCCUUGCUUUUGUUCUAGUAUAUGUGGCCACCAUAGCUGGAAAUGUUCUGAUAAUCACUUUGGUUAUGACCACCCGCCAGCUUCACCAUCCCAUGUAUUUUUUCCUCAGUCACUUGUCCUGGUGUGACAUUGUUCUUACCACAACUAUUUCCCCAAAUACUCUUUAUGUAAUAUUUAAAUGUGGGGCCACAAUUUCUGUUGCUGGUUGCAUUAUACAGCUUUAUAUUUUUGGUGUCUCCUCUGUUGCAGAAUGUCUUCUUCUUACUGUGAUGUCUUAUGACCGGUACUUAGCAAUUUGUAAGCCACUGCAGUAUUACACCACCAUGAAUGGCAGAUUUUGUCUUUGGCUAGUGGUCUGCUGUUGGGUUCUAGGUUGUCUACUAAUGCUCAUUGUUGCCGUCAUGAUCUCAAAUCUUAAUUUCUGUGGUCCUAACAUUCUAGACCAUUUCUUCUGUGAUUAUGGUCCAGUUGUGCAGCUUUCUUGCUCCGAUACAUCAGUUCUGGAAAUAUUGCUGUUGAUUAUAGCCGCUCCUGAAACCAUUGUUGAGCUGACGUUCAUCAUUUCAACUUAUGCUUGUAUUAUUCUCGCUAUUCUUAGAAUUGCAUCAACCGUUGGCAGACAGAAUGCCUUCUCAACUUGUAGCUCUCAUCUUUCUGUGGUGUGUACAUAUUAUGGAUCUCUCAUUGCCAUCUAUGUUUCCCCAUCCAAAGGAAAAUCAUUUAAUACCAAGAAAAUGUUAUCUUUGCUAUAUAUCACGAUGACCCCAAUAUUUAACCCAAUUAUUUACAGCAUGAAGAGCAAAGAAAUCAGAACAGCCAUUAGGAAAAUUAUUUUGAAAAACAAGAUGAUUUUUUUAUUGUGA